AUGGGUGGGGACCUGUGGAUGGGUGGGGUGGGAUGGGGGAUUGAUGCCUUUAACCAGAGCAAAGUGGUGGAGAUCCUGAAGGACGGUGGAGAGAGGAGACAAAGAGAGAAUGGACCUCAGCAGGGAGAAGGUGACGACUCCGCGGAGUGGAAUGGGGCCCCGAAGUUGAAGGUUCCUGAGCUGCCUCGUCAUUGGUCAGAGUCUCUCUUCUGCCUGGCUCCAUUUGGAUGA